AAAAAAUUGAAAAUCACCCUCCCUGUGUUGACGAAUAACCUCAGACAAGUUGAGGCUCUCAAAAGGAAAUCGCCUCCAAGUGGCAACAUUACAGAAAGCAUAUUGAAAAUCAAGGACGUGAUAAAGGAGACAAGAAACUUUGUUAACAGGCUCUCCAUUGCCACGACCUUUAAUGGAAAAGGCCACGUUGAGCUUCAUCCUCCGAGAAACCUUGAAGACAUAAAACCAUUUACAGCAGUUGACCUGCUUCUCAAUCAUCAUCAAACCAAUCCCUCCAAGCCCGAGCGCAGACGAAAGCAACGACAGGACAAACAAAGAGAUGUCAACCUCUUUGUUCUCUACUUAGGCAACAAGAACGCCUCUGGAGACUACAUUGGGAUGGCGAUCAGAAACAACAUGUUAAUUUGUGUCUAUAAGUUGGGUGGAGUCGUCCACGAGGUGGAAACCAAGCACAAAAUAACAUCAACCACCAAUAUGAACGCGUCAGAAUUUGACCAGAUUAUCUUCUACAGAGCUUACCAAGACGCUGAAGUCAACAUCAUAAAGAACUUUACAUCAGAGAAGCCCGUCAGCCUUGCUCCUUAUCAUAACCUUCCAAACACGAUGAGUGGUGUCCUCAACAUGGACCCAGACAGUGUGGCUUUCUACGUGGGUGGAUAUCCUGACGACUUUACGCCUCCACUGCAGCUGCGUUACUCCAGAUACAGAGGAGCCAUGAAACUCUCCUACAUCAACGAUCAUCCUGUCUCUCUGUUCAACUACAAACAUGCAGCCAACAUGGAGGCAAAGCAGCCUCAUAUUAAGAUUCCACAGUCGGAGGUGUCAGACUACUAUGACGGAACAGGUUACCGCAUGGCGUUCAUGAAGGAGCCGGGAAAGAAGAAGAGAAGGUUGUUCAGGUUUCACACAAACAGCAGAGAGACAGACGCCUUGUUAUUCUACAUUGGAAAUGAAGAGUCUUUCUUCUGUGUGUUUGCGGAGAGAGGCUUCCUGGUGCUUCAAGGACAACAAGCAGGUCAACAGCUCAGAGCUCAGAGCGCUGAAAAAGUGUCUCUCUUUGACCAACUCUUUACAAUCACUGCCGCAGAACGAUUUAUUGUGCACUACGGACGACAGCAGAUCUCCACGGAUCACAUUCGUACAAACUACAUGACUUAUUAUGUCGGGGGUCUACCAGCACAGCUCAGGCUGAGGCACAACAUCACAGCUCCACCACUGAGAGGAUGUGUGGAUCACCUGACAGCAGACGGUGACAUUGUCGAGUCCAACAGGACGAUGGGUGUCACCGAUGGAUGUCCAGUCUCACUACUGGGUGUCCGUGCAGCGACAAUGAACUCAGCUCUGUCCAUGGAUUCCCUGGCUGUGUGGGACGAGCAGCCUGUCAGGGUCUCUCUGGGCUUCAGGACCACACACAGACAUGCUGCUCUUCUCCGGAGCAGCUCUCAGGCCUCGUCCUCUGCCCAGGACCUUCAGCUGUCCCUGGAUGAUGGCUAUGUAAUAUUUACCAGCAAUAAUCACACACUGAUGUCUGAUGAAAGAUACAGUGAUGGAAUCUGGCACUACUUGUCCGCAGUGAGCAGACCCACAAGGUUGGAGCUCAGCAUCGAUAAUGUAAAUGUGACUCAGGGGCGACCACACCACGUCAGGCCAGUGGAUAAAAACUCACAAGGAAAGAAAUUCAAAGUCUGCAUUGCUAAUCUUUACACCAGGAGGCCUGAGCAGAGCUUUAUACCAGUGGAUCUAAGCUCAUUUUCACACAUGGGAGAUAGCGCCCUUGGCUGGUGCAGUCUCCAUAGAUCACCAAAUCCAGAGCAUUUACCAGCAACAGUUCUGAAGAAGCACGAGAUAUACAAACCUAUUCAGGCUCCUGCAGGCAGCCAGUGUUUCCACCAAGGUGCACAGCGUGGUGAACACCAGCUCUAUGAUGAUCACAGCUGGCUAAGUUACACUCUGCCACAACAGGACCUUAACCACAGGCCUCACUUCUCUCUUGAUAUGAAGACCAAAUCAUCCAAAGGUCUGAUCCUUCACGUGGCAGGGAGAGGAGUGGUGCCGCUGCUGGCUCUGUACAUGGCCAACGGCAAGAUCAAGAUGUCACUGGGUCAAAACAGAAUCAUCCAACACAAGCAGAAGAGCAACGACGGGAGCUGGCACAGAGUUGAGUUCAGUGUGGAGAAGAGCACCUUCCAUCUGCUGGUUGAUGGAGUCCGUGUGGUCGAUGGUCGCCUACCGAACAAUGAGGGAUCGUCUUUGGACCUGCACAACCCUGUGUACCUGGGAGGGGAUCUGAAAGGAAGAACCACAAAAGGACACAACAUUCCCAUGAACAGUGUUACUGGCUGUAUACAGGAUUUCAAAAUGAAUGAUGUUGCGGUUGGAGAACCCGGGGAGAGACAUAAAACAUUACCCUGCUUCGAUGGGCCAAUGGAAACGGGGACGUACUUUGGCGGUGGGCACAUUGUCUUAGAAAAUUACUUCAAUGUUGGCUUCCACUUUGUGUUGUCCUUCGAGAUGCGUCCUCAAUACCCGACAGGUCUUCUUUUCUACGCUCAAAGUGACGAGGCCAGCUUCAAUGUGUUCUUAAUGAACAACAAGGUGGGGGUCAGAGUGAAUGAUGAAAACGGAGCUGUCAGUGUCUCUGUGACUCCUACUGAAAGUUUCUGUGAUGGAGAGUUCCACAUGGUCACAGUGUCCAAACAGCGUGAAGUUGUCAAACUAGUGGUGGACUCCAUGUCUGAGGAGAAAGGCGUCGCCAUCACCUCCACCUCGUACUCAACAACACUGGAUUCACUUUCCAUUGGGGGGACGACAAAGUACAGCAGAGUCCCCGUGUCCUCACCAUUUGUGGGCUGCUUACGAAAUGUGAAGAUCAAUGGAAAGCCUGUUGUAUACGGAGAAAAAUCCAGGGUGUAUGAUCCUGUGAACAUCGAUCGGUGCCCUAAAGACUAAUGACAUGAUCAAAGUAUUUAUGGAUGUGACCUCCUGUCAUUACAGUCAUACAAGCUUUGCCGAAAACCAUUAAAUGGAAAAAAUCGGACAUUUUGAGAAUAAAGUUGUACUCUUGCGAGAAAAAAUGCUUUAACAUUAUGAGAAAAAAGUUGUGUGUCAUUUUAAAGGGGGGAAAGCAGGAGAUACACCUGUCACCUACAUCACAAUGAAGAAUAUGGAGCAUCUUGUUAGGUUGUCCUUAUUAUAGGUUUCACAAAUAACAAAAUAGUUUAAAUACCUUGUCUCCUCAGCACCCAGUAUCUUUGUGUUUCUUUUUAUCUUGUUGUGAUUGCUUUGCACAUCUCUUUGUUCAUCUUGUUUUCUCAUGUCCUUGUGUCUUUCUUGAUCG